AUGCCAUAUUUGAAGUUCAGACACUCUGUCUGCAUGUUUUUUAAUGAAGAAGAUAUGUUUGUACACUGCCAGGAUGGCACCAAGGAGGAUAAGCAAGGCCACUGUCACAUAGAAAAAAUUACAACAUGGCAAGAUCCUCGAAAAACUAUGAAUCAACCGCUGAAUCACAUGAGCCACCAUCCUGCAGCUGCUUCCACACCAGUACCACAGAGGUCUAUGGCAAUGUCUCAGCCCAAUCUCGUCAUGAAUCACCAGCACCAGCUAGCAGGCAGCACAGCACUGUCGCAGCAGAGCCGCCCUGCCCAGGCUCCGCAGCCGGGGCUGCUGAACCUGCCCGGCGCUCUGACCCCGCAGCAGCACCAGCAGCAGAAGCUGAGGCUCCAGAGGAUCCAGAUGGAGAGGGAGCGGAUCAGGAUGCGUCAGGAGGAGUUACUGCGACAGGAAGCUGCUCUAUGCAGACAACUUCCCAUGGACCCAGAGAACAUGGUCCCAGUUCAGACAGCUGUGAGUUCACCUGCCAUGGCACAAGACAUGAGGCCUAUUACAAAUAAUGGAUCUGACCCUUUCUUGAACAGCGGGCCGUACCAUUCCAGGGAACAGAGUACAGACAGUGGCUUGGGAUUGGGAUGCUACAGUAUACCAACGACACCUGAAGAUUUCCUCAGCAAUGUAGAUGAGAUGGAUACAGGAGAAACUAUAGCACAGACAACAAUGAACAUAAAUCCACAACAGACACGUUUCCCUGAUUUCCUCGACUGUCUUCCAGGAACAAACGUUGACCUUGGGACUCUAGAGUCAGAAGACUUGAUCCCCAUCCUCAACGAUGUAGAGUCAGUACUCAACAAAAAUGAGCCCUUCCUUACCUGGCUGUAAUCAUUCAGUGCUGGUUGGGCCUACGAUGCAAUUCAACAUUUCUUUUUCCUCUUGAGAUAGAGGUAGAAUAUCUGAAAAUCCUCAAGAGAUACACCUUACUGCCUUAAUGACUUUUGUUACAUCUUCUUUAUGGUCAGUUUAAUCUCUGCCUGGAUUUGAUUGACACUAAUUAAAAUAUAAAAUACAUAUAUAUAUAUAUAUAUAUAUAUAUAUACACACACACACACACAUAUAUGCAUAUGUAUUUCUUCCUCUUUAAAAAACACACUACUUAAAAUAUCUGUUAUACUUCUUUACCUUUUCAGACCAGGCAGAAAUAUUUCACUUUGACAGAAAGUGGGUGGUGUUUGUGCAUGUCCCUGACUGAUCUCCUAGGUAUUGAUUAACAUCACAAACCCUUCAGGAAUCACAAAAGCUAACUACGAGGUCACUUCGUUCAAAAAAUGUGCACAGCAUCAGGACACGAGAGCGGUUUUAUUACUAUGUUUAUGGCAAUAGUAUCAGAAGCUUUUUUUAUCAACUUACUUAAGCUUUAAAAAUCUUUUUUUCAUUCUUAGUAACUAACUGUGCUAUAUGGAAUACAGAUCUAAUCUGAUCCAUAUCAGCCAUAAUAAUUCUCACUAUAUAUUUGUGAAGGCACAAACAGUACUAUUGCAGUUUCUUUUUUCAGUAUAUUACUGUAUAGGUUUUGGAAAAUAAAUACUUCCAAUCUGAAAGUACCAGAAUUGUUUAGCAACAUUUUUACACUACAGUAUUGUUGCAAAAUAAACCAAACUGGUACUGACUGCUGCCUUUUAAAAACAAAGCAAUGUAUUAUAAACAAGCAUUUUUUUAAAAGAUCUUAGAUUUUGAUGUUUAUUAUAUUAAGCACUACAGUUUUGUAACUUAACACAUGAACAAACAAUUUUUUAUAUAUAUAAAAUUUGUGGGAAUAAAUGCAAGAACAUGCUUUUAAAAUCAGGUCUGAAAAACGAGGCACAACUUGUUAAUGUCAUAUGUAGUGGAAAAAAACUUGCUCAUACUGUUUUCAGUAAUGUUUUUAACUGACAGUGUCAAAAUACAUGUAGUUGUAUACAUGGAAAAAGGUGGUGGCUUUUAUCAGGCAGUGCUGUAACUUGUCUGGUAAAGCUGCUUAGCUCUUAAGUCUUUCACUUGUAGCAGGGGGUGUGCAGGACACGAGGCGUGUUCUGUGGGUGUCUCCCUGUAGUAGAUCCUACAAACACUUCCUUAGCAGAGGUUUGGGACUGAGAAGGCAUCAAGGACAUUAAGCUUGCGGUUCCCCUGAAAUGCAAAUGAAGUCCUAAAAUUCUUAAAUAUUUUGAAAUGAUAUUAUUUAUAAUCUAUGAAUUUAAGCUUUUUAUAUUGAAAAAUAUGUCUUUUUAUGAAAGGCAUUAAAACUUUUCUCUAAGCUUAAUCCAGGCUAUGUAGAGAGAGGAAGAGAUGUAGCACUGUGUAAAUGUGUGUUUGCCAGGUCUAGUAACACUUAACAAAAUCUUACUGAUGCACCAGAUUAUUGAUCUCUAAAGACUUUUUUCCAUCUGGUGGAGUGAAGGUAGGUGAAAAGGUCAGAGAUGAAGUGAUGGGAAUAUGAAGUAGGUUUGGAAGGCAAACGAUGAUGUAACAAAUUUAGACCUUGUCAGGAAGGGUGGCUGCAGAUAGGAAUGCACAGAAACGAAUCACCAGUGUUCAGUAAAAAACGUAAUGGGAGAACAUGAUACAAUUAACUACCUUAUCAGUGAGGAACUGCUGGGUUGUACGUGGUAUCAGAAGAUGGAAAAUGAAAAGCACACACACUGAAAUUUUGAAAAAAGAGGUGAAAGGCAAAGACCUACAGUCUAUGAAGUUUUAUUACACAGGGAAAAGUAGCUCUUUUUAUGUUUUGGGUUUUUUUAAAAUAGAAAACGAGAUGUGACAGCAGAAUUGUGUCUGCACAGAAUUUAAUUACUGAAUGGGCAUUGUGUUUCUUUUAUUCUUUUGGAGGGGUUAUUUGUUGGGUUUUUUUUAUUAUUUUUGCUAGUGCUAACUGUUGAGAUAUCAGAAAUUUCUUUUCAACUAAGAGAGGACCUGGCAGGGCUGACCAAUAUUACUGUAAUUAUGAUGAAUCUCUCUCUUUUAAGGAUUUCUUCAGGUUGGCAGCCUAAAUGAAAAACAGGUGGUCCUAAGACUUUGUUCUUUAGUGACAUGACUGACUUUGGUGAAAGAAUUGGAGAUUUUUUUGGCAUCUAGUAGUGAUGCCAACGCGUCAGCACUGCGUAAGGGGCCUGACAAACUGAACGCCAUUGGUGCUAGAACAUCCCCAGCAGCUGCAGGUCUGAGCUCUGUCAGGAUUCAGUCAAUACAGCUCAUCAGUAGAUUCUCUUUAGAAAAUUCAGUCUGUUCAUCUGCUAGUAAGUCUGUACUAUUGCAGAUUUAAGCUUUGUCAUACCAAAAGAUCUUCCAAGCCGAGCGAGUCCUCAGCCGGUGUGAGGCUGCCCCGAUUUCGCCCGCUGAAGGCCACACUUCUCACAGGGGACACCGGUGCAGCUUUCCAGUAAAGCCACGUGAGAUGUUUAUUGGAAUUGGGAAGCUACAAACUUGAUUCCUCUUUCAUUGAUGUUUUAGGUAGUUAAGUGUCUUGGUUCAAAAACUUUAAAGAGGUAAAAAA